GGAAACACGAACCGUGAAUCGAUAAAAAUGAAUGGAUCAAUUCUGAUUAAAUCUAAACUAUCAAUCAUUUGAAUUCUCUUUGCUUUGAUACUUUUGUAAACAUUUUCAAUCGCAAAUGCGGUGUGAUCACGGUACCAUAACUUUUAAACUCUGUCGUUGCUCUUGCAAAUGGCGAUGCAAAUGUUUGAUACCCCGUAAGAAAAAACCUCCGCCGCCGUUUAACAGGGCAACAAGCAGAGAUACCAAAAUUGGUUUACAUCCAAAAUUGUAUACCCAUUAUUCGUAUGCACCGUCGGUUGGUCGAUACAAUGUCUUGCCGAUCAAAACUAAAGGACAAGCAAUAAGUUGGAAGAGAGAGUUGGAAACGAAACAAUUUUCUGAGAGCUUGGGUGGUCGUUAUUUGGAAUCGCGCUUAAUUCAAAAAGAUUUGAUGAUCACAGGACGUGGCCCAGGAACUCACGAGAUAGAGCAAUGGCCGGAGAACGUUCUGAAUAAACCUUGCAAGAGCAUACACGAAGAUGUCGGUUUUGGCACUGUUCCACGUUUCAAAAGUGUUUACUCUAAGACACCUGGUCCAGGAUACCUUAAAGUACAUAAUCCUUAUUAUUAUUUGGAGCUGAAUAGAUUAAAAGGUUUUUCCUCUUUACCAACCUUUGAAUACGAUGGUCUUAUGCCAAGAUUUAAAGAUAUUCAAAGAGACCACUCUUUGCCAUGUAACAUAUAUAAUGUGAAAGAUUCGAAAUCCAUCGAAGCUGUUUUAAACAAAGUUAUUGGAAAAAGAGGACCGUACGAUUUAUUUACAGGACCAAGGGAUGAAACUACGUUGAAGGGAUAUAUGAGUAAGAAAAUAGAGGAUUAUCGUGGUUGGCCGCUAAGUUUACCCGGUGAAAUAGACAAACUUUUACACAAAUCGAAUUAUUACAAGGGACGUAUCUCGACACGUCCAAGAUUUCCGAAGAUCAGUGGAUUGAGGAUGGCAUUAAAAGAUAUUAACAUGUGUUACAAGGAUCCGAAUGAUCCUGGGCCUGGCUAUUACAAUCCUUCCUCACCUCGAAAACCUAAAAACAGAAUGAAUUAUCCUUUCGAUAGUAACAUCGAAAACGUUCGACCGAUCAUGCAAGACGUUGGAUAUCCUGGACCAGGAAGAUACAAAAUUAAAGAAGUUAAACGUAUCAAAGGGAAUGGAUGGACCUGGAUCUUUAAAAGCAAAGAACCUAGAACUAUAGGUGCCAUCCUCCCUAAACCUUACAGCAAUUUUUGAUCAAUUUUUGUAUAUCUCAAAGAAAGAUAAGAAAAAAGAAAAAUAAAAAAGAAAAAAAAUAGAAAAGAAAAGUCUUACUCGU